UGUUUGAGCCCCCGCCCUGACCCCCCCGUACCCGUUCCCCGGAGCAGCGCAGGGACACGGGGAUCUGUGGAAUCACUGCCGCCUUCCCUGUGGUUCUCCUCCUCUCCCGGCAGCCUCUGGACGCUGUGGAAUGCUGGAAUGCUGAAUAAAGCCGGGGCUGCUGGCCCUGCUUCCCUACAUUGUGACCUCAGGGUCAGGUCCUUGGGGACGUUCCCACCUCGCUCCGGCACGUCCCAUCCCGCUGAUAUCCCUAAUUCCCACCUGCCCCCUUUUCCCCGGCUCCCAGGGAGGUGGCCCCACACCCGGAAGGGCUGUACCCCCCUCCCGAAGUGCUCCAAGCUCCACGUUCCCGGUGCUCUGGGACUCCCCGGAGUCCCGUUGUUGCGGUUGCCGGGAGACCGAGUCGCAUUCCGCGGCAACAUUCCACACCCUCUCGGCCGGCCGGGAAGGCCGGGAGCCGCUGCCAGCACCUCCAGCCAUGGCGUAGGGCCCUUCCCUGGGGCUAUCCCGGUGCCAGGAUGCCUUCCCUGCCGCAGGAUUCCCCCGCCGGGGGCUUGGGCACGGGAUUCCCGCUGGUGAGGGUGCACGGCGGGGACCGCUCCGACCUGCUGAGCCUCUACGUCACCACCUACGAGGCGUCCUUUGGGAAGAGACCCCCGGGAUUGUCCCACAAGUUCGAGGGGCGUGUUUUGGGAGUCAAACCCCCCAACCAGGCGUCCGUGCACCCGCUCCUGGGGGUCCAUUCGGGAUCCGGAUACGUCACCAACAACUACUCUGCCCUCUCGUCCCUGAUCACCCCGCGCCCCGAGUGCCCGGACCCCUUCGUGUCCAUGUCCGCCACCUCCGAGGAUUUCAGGCCCUUCGGGCGCCCGCAGUUCCAGAGGAUCCUGCCCCAGUGUGUGGAUGAGCCGGAGUGUUCGUAUCCCCCCGAGUUUUCCCUCUCCCGGAUCCGUUAUGAGGGGCUGAAGCCUCCCAAGUUAUCCAGGGGAUCCAGUGCCAACAGCGGCUGCUCCAGUCCUGCCCAGCCAGGUAUGGAUUUGGGAGGGGGGGGAUCCAGGGAAAGCUCCCUAGGAGGGUUUGGGGUGUCGGGACCCCAGGGAAAGCUCUGUUCCCAGGAAGGUUUUGGGGUGUUGGGAUGCCAGGAAAAGCUCCAUCCACACCAGAGUUUGGGGUCCUGGUGGUUCCAGGCCCAGCUCCAUCCCCAGGAGGGUUUGGGGUCCUGGUGGUUCCAGGCCCAGCUCCAUCCCCAGGAGGGUUUGUCAUAUUGGGAUCCCAGGGAAAACUUCAUCCCCAGGAAGAUUUUGGGGUCCUAG